AUGAGCCGAAGGAAGAACAGAUCAAAGAGAGCCCGGAAGAGUCCCCAAGGAACUCAAGAUGGGGAGGACGGCGUCACUCCCAGCAACGGGAGUCAGCCUCAGGCCACGCCUGAAGGGGAAACCCCCCCGCCUAAUCCCAUCAAGGAAUACCUGCAAAAUCUCUCAAGAGACAUGAAGACCAUGCAAGAUCAAGUAGCACGAAUGAGUAGGCGAGGAGGCAGGAAAAAGAAGACCUUCGGUGACCCCCAGAAACUUGGAGCGAGAUUUCGAUCGAGAGGUCGAGGGCUGCGGAACAAUGAGGACGAUGGAGAAUCCCGGGUCCACGACCUUAGGAGGAGUAAUCCACCUCCGUCUCUCCACGGCGAGAAUGACGGCCAUGAUGAAGAAGAACGUCUUGGAAAUUUGAAUGUGCAUGACCUCAGGAGGAUACUAAACCGCAUGGAGGAGGAAAAGAGGCUCCCCCAGGCUGUUGUUGCCCGUUCUCCCUUUACUAGGGCCAUCCUAGAGUCCCCACCGCCUGUAAACAUGAGGCACCACCCCGAACUCAUCUACAAUGGGGAAGAUGACCCGGCCUCAUACUACAUGCGAUUCAACAUGGAGAUGGAUGUCUACCAGGUCCCCAGCCUCACGCGCUGCAGGCUCUUCGCCGCCUCACUUCGAGGAUGCGCCCAACUAUGGUUUUCUAAGCUAGCUCCGGGGAUAAUAAGCUCUUGGGAAUCGAUGGGGGACCUGUUCAUCAGGCAAUUCCAGUCUUCCAUGACCUAUACACCUCCUGUGCCCACCUUAGCCAACAUCAAGCAGAGGAGCCGGGAAACCCUCUACGACUACUUUAUAAGAUUCAACGCCGAGGUCCCUUAUGUGAGAGUGGCCACUGAUGAAGGUGUAAAAAAUUUCCUAAUCGCUGGGUUGAGGAGAGGCUCAGACUUCUGGAAAGAUAUUCAGGCUCAUGAACCUACCACUCCCCAGGACCUCUAUCGGCAGGCUGGACCAUUUAAGAUUGUGGAGAGGUCCAUGGCUGAGCUGGACAAUGGGAGCCCUCCUCCCCGCGAUAACUACAAGUAUAAAAACCGGAAAAGAGGCAGGUCGGUGACCCCUGAAAGGAAGAGGAGGAGCCCCAGCCCUAAGAAAGAGCGGGCAAAGAAGGAGAAGACCCCCCCUAGGAACCCUACUGGGGCUCAGGGGAGGGGUCAGAAUCAAUUCACCCCGUUGGUGGCCUCGAUAGAGCACUUCUACGCCAUUAACGCUGAUAAAGGGAUCUUCAAGAAGCCUGCCCCAAUGAAUAACUGGGCAAAAAAGGAUAGGACCAAGUACUGCGCAUUCCAUGAGCAGAAUGGUCACGAUACCGCGGAUUGUCAGCAGCUGAAACAGCAAAUUGAGGAGCUCAUCAAAAAUGGGAGGCUCACCGAGUGGGUGAAAACGCAAAAGAAGAGUUAUAAUAAUGUGCCUCCGCCCCCUCAAGCUAAUGACAAUGAGACCACCAACACUGAGAAAGUGCCAAGAGCGGGGAGCAUUCACAUGAUCAUUGGCGGCCCUCAUAUUGGGGGGGGGGGGAGCAGAAAAGCCAUGGAGAGGUACGCACGGGAGGCCAAGAGCCCACCAUUGACUAAUGUCAAUCAUCUCUCCGAAAGGCCCCCCAAAAUGUUUAGGGGUGAAACCAUGAACAUUAUGUUUAGUGAGGAGGACGCAAAGUGGGUUCAUCACCCCCAUUCCGAUGCUCUAGUAGUGAAAGUAAAAAUUGGCUCCAACAAUGUGCAUAGGGUACUUGUCGACAAUGGGAGCGCAACAAAUAUCCUGUCCUACAAUGCCUUCACUAAGAUGGGACUCACGGACAAGGACUUGAACGUGACCCUCAGCGCUUUGUACGGAUUCUGCGGGACCCCUAUCGACGUGAGGGGAUUCGUCAAUCUCCCCGUGACCCUCGGGGAAGGUCCUCUCUCCACGACCCAGAUGGCCGAAUGGCUAAUCAUAAACCAGUACUCAGCCUUCAAUGCUGUGAUUGGUCGCCCCAUCUUGAAGGACAUGAGGAUAGUCACCUCCAUCUACCACAUGUCCAUGAAAUUCCCCACCCCGAAUGGCGUAGGCUGCGUCAAGGGAUGCCAAUAUGACUCUCGGGAUUGCUACAACAAGGCAAUCCGCUAA